GCUACGACCCUCACCAUACCAAUUACUACUUAAAAACAGUCCUUGCUUUUCACUUUGCUUCAGUGCUUCUUCUGCCCAAAUCCAAACCUCGCAGUUCUUCAUCAUUUCAUACUCCAAUUCAUCAUUCAGAAACCUAUCUCUCCUUCACAAUCAUUUUCCGCCCUUUCGUAUAUCCACAAUGUUCAACUGCACUGUUUCUUCUUCCAACAGGACCACCGCUUUCGACCGUUUCUACACUCCUCCGCUUUUCCGAAAACUGCAUCCAGACCACCGGAAAAAGUUCAAUUCUGACUCGGUCCAACCGGAUUUGCAAACCGCUUCUUACGAACCGGCAUUGUCCCCCACUGCCUGUCUCAGUAAUAUGGAUCGUCUUUUGGACGCAUUCACACCCUCCGUCCCUGCUCACUCGUCCCGCGAGCCUAAAAUGAAGGGACGCCGAACUGGUUACUCCAGUACCAACAAUAGCAGUGGACGCCUAUAUAUUGUGCUCGAGGAUCUGUGGGAAUCCUACAGAGAAUGGAGCGCCUACGGUGUAGAGGUGCCAGUAAGCCAUGACGGAGAGGAGGAGGCAAAAAUAUACUAUGCGCCCUCCCUCUCUGCAAUUCAGCUAUAUGCUCAGGGGAGACUUGAAGAGGACAGUAGCGCUGAGUCUUCUCAGGAGACAAACUGCUCUGCUGAGCAGCUUGUCUAUGAAUUCUUCGAGGGAGCUCUGCCACAUAUUCGGCCUCCUUUACAUGAUAAGGCAAGUUUCGUCCUUUCAGAUCUACCUAUUAAAAUCUCCCCCUGA